CUGCGAUGCCUGGGGCUGGUGGGCCGUGGCGGGGCUACAUUAACUUUUGUGCCCCCUCAGGAGGAAAGGCCUUUGGGCUGCUGAAGGCCCAGCAGGAAGAGAGACUGGAUGAAAUCAAUAAGCAAUUCCUGGAUGACCCCAAAUACAACAGUGAUGAGGAUCUGCUCUCCAAAUUGGAAGCUUUCAAGAAGAAAUACAUGGAGUUUGACCUGAAUGGAAACGGAGAUAUCGAUAUCAUGUCCCUGAAGCGAAUGUUGGAGAAACUUGGGGUACCCAAGACUCACCUGGAGCUAAAGAAAUUAAUCAAGGAGGUUUCCAAGGGCUCUGGGGAGACUUUCGACUACUCCGACUUCCUCAGGAUGAUGUUGGGCAAGAGAUCUGCCAUCCUCAAAAUGAUCCUGAUGUACGAAGAGAAAGCAAGGGAGCAGGAGAAGCCAACAUGUCCUCCAGCCAAGAAAGCUAUCUCUGAGUUGCCCUGAUUUGUGGUGGGAUUAAAGGGGCUUCUCAUGACUCCAACACAAAAAAAGAAGACAAAAUUGUGAGCCAGAGUCGAACUAAAAUAAAUUCUCCUCCUUCUCUAGAUGAAGUCAUAUGGUCUCUGUUUGGGGAUUUUUCCCGGGGUUGGAAAGAAGUGAAGCAUCUUUGAGGGACGGGCAGCAAGGAUUUGCUGAAAUGAGCAAUGUAACUACUACAGCAGAUAGUUUUUUGUUUUGUUUUGUUUUAAUCCUCACCAAAGGAUGUGUUUAUUGAUUUUUAAUUAUUUUUUAGAGAUAGACAGAAACAUCGAUGUGAGAAAGAAACAUCAAUCAGUUGCCUCUCCUAUGCACCCCGACCGGGAUUGAACCUGAAACUUUUUAGUGCAUGGGAUGACACUCAACUGGUCAGGGCUACAGCAAAUGGUUGUGUAUGCAAGGGAGAUUCCAGAUGUAUAAGAUAGCCUUGACCUCAAGGAAGUUAGGGGGUAUGAAAAGACAAGUACAGACAAGAAAGGAAGGAAGGAAGGAAGGAAGGAAGGAAGGAAGGAAGGAAGGAAGGAACCCAGGCCUAUCGCGAAGAGCAAGGAUUAUCUUGAACCAACAUUCUCCAUCACUAUAAGCUUUAUGACCUUAACAAAUCACUCAGCCUCUCUGAGUCUUUCACCUGAAAAGAAAGAUAAACAUGUUCCACCCUGCAGUGCCUGACAUAUCAUUAGCCCUCAAUAAUCUUUAAAAGU